ACCCUCGAUUGCAUGCUUUCCUGACAUCCGCAUCAAUGUAGCCGUCUUAGCUGAACUCUUUCUGGCUAUUUCACGUUGAAGGUGCACGGACGCGAACCCAACAGCUUUCUGAAACGAAUUGCGGAGAACGCUGAAGGAAAUGGCUGAAGGCAAUCCACAUGGUCUUGAACCUUACACGAACAUGCAAUUUCGUAUGUAGCUCACAGAUUGAGCUAUUGCAUACCCAGUAAUUCACAAAUCUCCUACAGUCAGGGAAUACCCAUGUUCCUGAUCGCAUAAUUUACCAGUUUACUUGUCAUCCGAGCAAAAUAGGACAUUUGUGGGACUAAAGUAUAUGGAAUACAGACCAAGAGUAGAGACUAAUAGUGUGCUGUUCCAUUGCUUUACUAUGUUCUAACAAAAGCGUUUAUACUUGAAGAAUUACGGUGCUGUAAACGAUCUGGUAGAUGCUCCCUCUCAGAUAAAUGCCUCUUGUCCAAGAAAUGCUACCUAUGCUGCUGUAGCUUUAUCGAAAAGAUAUGAAUGAUGAAUCAAAAAAAGAGGUUGAGUGCCAAAGUAUGCCUUGUGCCAAUGUCGCAAAAGGAACUUCCCUCAAAUGCAUUGAAACAAUAUGAAGAGUUUGUGAGGAAAAGAAAUAGCAGUGUGCUUAAUGUUAACAAAGCUAGAAAUCCUCUUUGGACUGUACCACCAUCUCAGGGUCCUUUCCUUGGAAAGCAUUGUCAUGCUGACACUGCCAUCACCUCAGUUACAUCAAAUGACUACACAAAUGAACUUGGUAUGCUUGCCAAAGAUAUUCUAACUGAUGAUGGUACAGUUUCUGACUCUGUUAGCCAAAUAUCUCCUAUGGACUUUCCUUGUUUAUCAGAAGUGAGUCAUGGUAACACAGAAUCUGUUUAUUCAAAGUCUUUGGUGACUGCGAGAAGAAAUUCUGUGGCUUCAUCAUCCUCAAGUGAAUCAGCACAUACUUCUGCUGGUAAAAAACUUACUGCCUCACUACACCUCACACCUAUAAUGUGGGACAGAUCAGGAUCCACUGGUACUCCCAUUCAUCUUGAAUGUAGUGAAACAAUGUCAGAUAUGACUGAUGAUUCUCCAUCUUCUGAGUCAGAAAGGGUGAAUAACUAUUCACACUUUUCACAAAAUAAUUUGAAACAAAGAGAUCCUUCACAGGAGGAAAUGUCCAUGACAUCAGUUGUAUCUGGGCAAAGUGAUUCUAGAUGGCAUCUGGAUGAAAGUGUCUUUCCUUCAAGUGUUGUUUCAUCUAAUGACAAUGCCGUGUGUGGCUGUGAAAAUUUAUCCUUUGACCUCAGCAGUUAUUCUCCUCCAUCAAGUCCAGUGUCAGAUGGAAAUGAAUCAAUUAUUUUGAACAAUUUUCCUAAUGAAGUUGAGGCCCCAAAUGAAAGAUGUUUGUCAGGAAAAAGGCAAAAACCUAUGAACUCAAAUACUAGCCUUCUCUCUCCUGAAAUAAAGCUUGUGCCUCUUCACGAGAAAGCUGUUGCUGCGAGUAAGAAAAAGUCAUCACUUUCCAAUGGAAUUGUGUUUAGGAGAGAGUCUCCAAAUCCACUUGGGAAUCUUGUUGUCAAGGUGGAGGACAUUAAGGAAAAAUUAAAACCAUAUGGUGGAGGAGGUUUUACUCUUUGUAAAAGAGGACGGUUCACAAAUUCUGGGCGUAGAGUUGUAAAUGACUACUCUGAAAAAUCCCUCGUUAAUGCUUCUGUCUCACGUACCAUUCUAGCCUCACCAAAAGUAAAGAAACGUAAAGCUAGAUGCACAGUUCAAAAUUCCUCAAUGAAGAAAGGGAAGAAAGCAAGGCUCCAGCUAAGAAACUGUGCUAAAUUGAAGAACAAAGCACACCUAAAGUAUGAAAACUUGAAGUUUUCUGAAAUCAAUACUGUGUCCAGAAUGUCAGUUAGGUACAAAGUUGCUUUUCAAAAGUGGGGAUUUGUGUUUUCAGGUGCUUUAGACCUUAUUAAUCAGAGACUGGCAAAUCAAAAUGCCUUCUGGGAUUCAUUGGGGUCUGAUGGAUAGCAGUUUCUAUGUUUGGGUCUCUGAUGAUGGAAUUGAGAGAAAUGACUUGUUUUUUCUAAUGCUGAUCUUAGAAGCCCGCAGCUGGCGAGAAUUUUAACAAUGUUGGUAGGAAUAUUUUUUUAUUGAAGUUUCAUAGGGAGAAUUCCUUUUUGUGGAGUGUUCAAGUCUGAAUGUGUCACACUACAUUGAUGACCAGCAUGAAAGUACAUUUAGUUUGCAGCCGAACUUCGUUAUUAAACCAUAUGUAGGGGUUGUUGUGGAGAGAGUUGGUCUUCUUUUUCGAAUAAUUUUGAUAUUUUCUUUAAUUUAUUGAGCAGGAGGUUGCUUUUAUAAUGGUCACUCAUGCAAAUUUAAAGAUACAUAUGUAAUAACUUAAUUUCAAUGAAAUUACACUAAAAGAACUUUUAAGAGGCUAUGUUUAAGUAAGCGUAUUAUUACAAAUCACUUCAAGACUA